GUUAGUUAAGAAUCGAUGUGUUAUUAGUCGUUUUCUCCUUGCCUUUCUUUCGAUUUUCAUAGCUGUGUUGAUCUUUAAUUUUCUUUUAUUGUGUUCUAAAGUUAUUAGAUCAGAGAAAUUUUUAUUUUUUGGUUUAAACUUGAUUAAUGAACACUUUGUAGAGAUGGCAAAAGUGGACGCAUAAAAUAUGACCUGAAUAAGCCACUUUGCUUUUAGUUCUUCUUUUCUGAUUUUCACGUCCUGUUUAAUAGAUUGAAAGUGGAGGUGAUGGAAAAACAAUCUCGUGAAAUGACAAUUUGAAUUCCUUGGUAGAAAUGAAGACCUUCCUUCUGUAGCAUAAUUUUGGAUUCUCAAUUUGCAUCAACACUAUCCUUGGAGGGAACAAAUCUUUGGAAUGACUGAUUUGAACCUUUUUUUAGCUCUUUCAGCCUAACAGAAUGUUAAUGGAGCUUAAGCCAUUGAAAUGGACAUAUUUUCUUUUUUUAAUAAUGAAAUUUCCCUUAUUCUCAUAUUUGUGAAUUUACUGCAACAAAGAGUUGAUUAAAAUCAGAACAAGUGAGUGUGUUGCAAAUAAGUAAAUAAAUGUGAUAUCUUUAUAUCAUAACUACCAUAGAAUACUUGAAUUUUGCAAUUUAGUUGGUGGUAUUAGUAAGGCGCUAUUUGUUUUGUUGUAUUAGAAGUAUAGAGUAAAACAUAUAUAAGAGUUUUAAAUUUUUUGGUGUUUGGUUGGAAGUUAAAAAAUCCAAAGUUUUUCUCUAAUAGAUUUUGAAUGCCUUGUAUUAGAAGUGUAGAGUAAAACAUAUAUAAGUGUUUUACAUUUUUUGGUGCUUGGUUGGAAGUUAAAAAAAUCCAAAGUAUAUCUCUAAGCGCCGACAUCCUUGUGUUAGCUUAAGACCUCCUACCCUUCCUAUGCUCACGAAUUGUGGUGUUACUAUACCUGAUUGGCAUCAUCAAACUCGUUGUGCCCUAGAUCAAUCUAAAAAUAAAGUUGAAAAAAUAUAUAUUCCAUAUAAAAAUAUAUUUUUCCAUUAAAAAUAUACUCUCCAAAAAUAUUGAUUAAAAAAUUCAAAUUUUUUUUUUCUCCAAAUUAACACUAGAAACAAUUAUUUUUUGAAUUUAUUUUACAACCAACCUAACAUUGAAUAUUCAGAGUACAUUGUAUUUAACUUACACUGCAUUUAAAGUAUACAUGUAUUCUAAACACUUGCAAUUAAGCAGUCCCUAACUCUAUUUUUUCACCUUUUUGCUCUUUCCCAAAUCAUGCUAUAACUAGUCUAAAGAGUCAGGAGAGCAUUUGGGGAAUAAUGCAAUACAUUUCUAGUUAUUAUGGAACCUUUGCUUUGUUUUAUCUAUUUCAGAGAACGAAAGAACACACUUUGCUUUAAUUUCAGUUUUAUAAUCCUGUUGGGAUAUGAAUGCUGUUGGUGGCUAGGCGCCAAAAAGGAAACAAAAUUUGAAAAUUAUCCCUUAUUUUUUUUCCUUCUUUUUCUUUUUGGGACUUUUUUCCCUAACCUAGUUAUACCACUCUAUGAAGAGAAUCCAAUGUUGAUCAAGAUAAUGGUGAAUUUUGAGCUUUUAAGUUUGCAGGAAAGGAUGCUUUAUUUACUACAUGAGCAUCUCUGACACCGUCAACAACCAGGGAAACAUCAGCAGCAACAUGUUCUGGUGCUUACCAAGCUGUUCCAUUUUCAUAUGGGGACAAAAAUUUGCAUUCCAUUCAUGAGAAUAUCGAGUAUAAUUCUGGUUUUCGUCCACCAUUCGAAGUGCCUGAAUUCCUCACAAACUGCCUAAUGCUUGGAGCAGAGAUGAAGUAUUACUAAGGUUGCCAUUCAUUGGCACAUGUUUCCUUGUGAUGUGUCAUGAAGUAAGGACUAGGCAGCCUCCUACAGAGAAGUUGCACCAGAUAAUGGCAAGGACUGCAAUAUUUGUUAGUGAUCAUGGUGGGCAAUCAGAGAUUGUCCUGCGGGUUAAACAGGGAAACAACCCAACAUUUGGUUUCUUGAUGCCAGAUCACCAUUUACAUGCCUACUUUCGAUAUCUUGUUGAUCACCCUCAAAUUUUGAAGCAAUAUACUGAUUCUCCAAAAUUGGAGGAAGACAAGUCAAACAAUCAUUCUUCUGAAGUGGGAGCUUUAUCAUUGCUUGGAUCUGUAUAUGGUACUGGAGAUGAUGAUGAUGCCACACUUCGAACUGAGAUUAAAGAAACAGAGAACCAUAAUUUGGCCUCUGAUGGUAAUGCAACAGUUCCAACAGAAAAUGGUGAGGCCCCUAGAGCAUUUUUAGGAAAUGAAGGACCAAUCAAAUUGCCAUCUUCUACUUGCACCAAGGAAAAGCCUUUGUCAGUUAAGAAAAUAUCUUCUGGAAAUGCGACUACUAUUGCUAUGAGCAGGAAGACAGGAGAUGGUGGUCUUUCACUUGUAAAAGAACUUGCACAAAGCUCUCACAAAGGCACUGCUGAUCUGAAGUCAUCAAUACUGGAGCCUCCAUCUUUUCUGAAAAGGACUAUAGAAAAAAUAGUUGAAUUUAUUGUUAGGAAUGGUAAGCAAUUUGAAGCAAUACUCAUUGAGCAGGAUAGGAAUUUUGGAAGAUUUCCAUUUCUUAUUUCAACCAACCAAUACUACUCAUACUACCAAAAGAUAUUUGAAGAAGCUCAUGAGAUGAAGAUGCAAGGUAAAAACCUUUUUGAUGAGAAAAAUGAUGCAGAGCACCAUAGAGGGAACAAGAAAAAGAGCGAAAAUCUUGGAAAGGAUGCUAAGAUAAAUGGUCGUAACUUGGAUGAGCUUUCAGAUGGGGCAUAUUAUGACCCUCAAAGGAAGGAGAAAUUCAAGAUGGUUUUAGGUGGGCAGAAGAAAGAUUCACAGGAUCAACAACCCAAAGCUACCAAGCAUUCUGGAUUAAGUGCAGAUGAAGCUGCUGCCAUCGUUCUAGCAGCAACAAGAGGUGUAAGUCCUGCAAAUACCCUUCGCAAGAAGUCACCCGAUGAUGGCGGAAGACACUCAUCUAAAAACUCUGGAGCUACUGCAGAUGAAGCUGCUGCUAUUGUUAUGGCUGCAACAAGAGGCAGGAGCCCUGCUUGUGCACCACAAAACAUGCCUAGAGAUAACAGUCGAACCUCUAGUUCUGGCAGUUUACAGGGUAUUAAACCUUUUUCGAAGUUUGCUUCCAAUGGCAUUUCAAGUAUAUCAGUGUCAGCUGGGUUAUCAGAAUCUACUACCCAAUCAGAUAAGAAGAGUUAUCAAACCACAAGCAGUGAUGUAACAGUUGCUACAGUUAUUGCCAAAACUGUAGCCCUUGCAGCAUCGAGGGAAGCUGAUUCUGCUGAAGCCGCCAUGACAAAGGAGCAAAAGCUCAAGGCUGAGAGGUUGAGGCGAGCAAAAAUGUUCGCAGCUGUGAUAAAGAGUGGCAAUAAUUGUUUAGGUGAACUCGUGAACUCAGGUAGCAACCGCAGUGGAAGUAUGGAACCUUCUACUGGUGGCUCCAUGCAUAUGGACACUGAUUCUAAGUCUCUAGGCAGAGAAAGAGAAGGAAGCUCAGUGCCCUUUGAUACCGAGACCUUAGGUAGGGAACAUGAAUCUAGGAAGAGACACCAUUCAAGAUAUAGAGGUCAUAAUGAUGAUUCUGACUCUGAUGAAGAUCGAAAACACACCAGGAAGAAGCACCACUCGAAAGAAAAAGAGGCAAGAAAUCGUCAUAAGCACUACAGCUCUUCAGAAGAUGAACGCAGGCACAAAAGGAGUUCUGAGCAUCAUCGUCGUCAUCGGAUUCAUCAUGAUCACUCAUCAGAUGAUGAGGAUCUGCGCCAAAGGAAGCAUCAUUCGCAUUCGAAUAGAAAGCGAGAGAGCGAAGAUAAAGACACUUUGAAGUCCAUAGAUAAUUCUGAAGCACCAUCAGUUAGCUUUACAGGCGUUUCUAUCAGUGCAGACCAAGCAGCAUCCGAUGGGAAACAACCUUCUGAUGCUACUGAGAUUCCUAAUGAUCUUAGGGCAAAAAUCCGAGCUAUGCUGCUGGAGAACUUGUAGUGCUCCUUUGUUAUAAUUGUAAAACAUUUUCAGCUCUCUGGAAUGCUUGAUUUGAGCUGGCCAGUUGCAUGGAGCCUUCAAAAUGCUUUCGCGUUAGGCUGUUCAGCAGAAUAAGCUCUAAGGACUGCCAAAUUGUGCUUCAUGAUUUUAUCAUUUUUAUAAUUCUUUCAGACCUCCAGGAUAUUCAACAUGGGGACCUUUUUCUUCUCACUGGAUCAAGAUGCGCUAAGAGUGAGUAAGACGGACUUCUCUUUAGUACUCUCAAGAGCAUGAAAUCUUUUCUGUAUAGAAAGGCAUCUAUGUUGAUUUGCAGUGACAAUUAUGUGCGAUAUUAUUGCAUUUACCUUGUUGAGUUUGCUAGUUUAUUCUUUUGUAUGUGACUUAGUUUUUGUAUUUUUAAAUGCAUGUCUCAUCAUUUCUGGAGUGUCUGGGUGGUACUUGCGGAGACCGGACGUAGAGAUACGUUUGCACAUUAACUUAAAAUAUGACACGUUGAGUGCA